AUGGACCUCGACGACCAUAGAAUGCGCGGUCCUUGUCGGGUUUUGCUAAGGCAUGGACUUAGGUGUGUUUUGAUGCAAGACAAGCGAGUGGUUGCCUAUGCCUUGAGGCAGUUGCAUCCAUACAAAGCCAACUACCUGACACAUGACUUGGAGUUAGCUACGGUGGUUUUUGCUCUUAAAGUAUGGAGGCACUACCUUUAUGGAGUAAGGUUCGAGGGGUUCGAGGAGUUCAAGGAGCUAUGCGACACAACCAGGAUAAAUGGGGUCAGUGAAGAAGCAAUCAAACUGAGAUUAUUCCCUUUUUCCUUGAGAGACAGAGCUAAGUGUUGGCUUCAAGCUCAGCCACAGGGCAAAAUUUCUACAUGGGCAGAUUUGGUGAACAAAUUUCUGGUUAAGUAUUUUCCUCCUUCAAAAGCUGCAAAAAUCAAAGGGGAGAUUACAUCCUUUGUUCAGCAAGAUGGAGAGCCUUUGUAUGAGGCAUGGGAAAGAUACAAGGAGUUAUUAAGGAAGUGUCCUCAUCACUACAUACCUGAAUGGAUGCAGCUUGAAACUUUCUACAAUGGAAUGACUGCUGCAACCAAAACUAUGAUUGACGCAGCAACUGGAGGAUCACUGAGUUCAAAAACAUUGGAGGAAGCUCAGCAGAUUAUUGAAAUGAUGGCAUCUUCCAUGUACCAACAUGUGAAUGAAAGGCAAGCUGCAAGGAGAGGAGGAUAUGAUGUAAAAUCCAUAGAAGCCAUGUUUGCUCAAAAUCAACAAUUUUCUGAACAGCUUACUGCUUUGACUCUACAAAUAAGUAACAUGCAGACUGGUGUGGUCCAAAAUUCACAAUUGAGUUGUGAUUUCUGUGGUGGCAACCAUGUGAAUGGAGCUUGUGAUCCCACAGCUAUAGAACAUUCUGAUCAACCAAAUAACAAUAGAGGACAACAGUUCUCCAAGUGGAAUCCACAAAAUUCUAAUGCAAGAGGAAAUACAGCUACUGCACCUUUCCAAAGUGCAGCACCUCAAUUGCAACAGCAAUACUUCCAAGGGAAUUCCUCUGCACAUUUUCAGAAGAAUCAAGGGUACUCAAAUGAAAGACCCUUGAGUGAGAAGGUGAAUGGGCUAGAAGAAACAUUAUUGCAAUUCAUGAAGAUAACAGAAACAAAUUUUAAAAAUCAAGAAAGUUCUAUAAAGAAGCUAGAAACACAAAUUGGGCAGUUGGCUGAGCAACUGGCCAAUAGAGAUGAAGGAAGGUUUCUUAGCAGCACAAUAGUGAACCCAAAGGAGCAAUGCCAAGCCAUAACCACUCGAAGUGGAGCAGUGGUUUCCAGCCCAAGAAAGAAAAAUGAAGUCACCAGUUUGAAGGAUGAAAGUAAGCUGAAACAAGAAGAUUUUGAAAGUGGGAAAUAA